AUGCCUAGAAUACGCAAACGAAAGACUACAAGAGCACAGUGCAGCUUGAAUCAGUAUGAAGAUGCUUACAAAGAAACUAAACGCGGGACUUCUUUGCGACAAGCUGCGGAAAUGCAUGAUGUUAAUCGCAUGUCACUAUUAAGGUAUGUUCGAAAACGCGAUAAUGCCAGCACGGGCGAUAAUGAAAACAAUAGCAUUAGCAUGGGGUAUGUUGCUCACAAUAAAGUAUUUUCCGAACAACAAGAGCAGCAGUUGUCAAAAUAUUUACAGCGUUGCGCGGACAUUUAUUUCGGACUUACUGCAAAAGAGGUGCGGAAGUUGGCUUUUGAGCUUGCAACUCAAUAUAACCUAAAGCGACCUGCUACUUGGGCUGAGAAUGAGAUGGCAGGCGAAGAAUGGUUCCGUUCCUUCCUGAAUAGAAAUCCUUCUCUAUCUGUUCGAGUAGCUCAAGCUACAAGCCUUUCAAGGGCAACUAGUUUCAAUAAAACAAAUGUGGAAGCUUUUUACGACAACUUGCAAGUUGUUAUGGAUAGACAUCCUUACGAGCCACAGGAUAUCUACAAUGUCGACGAAACAGGCGUCACUACGGUCCAAAAACCUGAUAAAGUCAUUGCAAGACGUGGUACGCGGCAAGUGGGAGCCGUUACUUCUGCUGAACGGGGCACGUUAGUUACGGUAGCUUUUGCAGUGAACGCCUUGGGAAAUACCAUGCCUCCGUUUUUUAUUUUCCCUCGUGUUCGUUACCACGACCACUUUGUGAGGGACGGACCAGUUGGAUCUGUUGGAGCUGCAAACCCUUCCGGCUGGAUGCAAGAUCUAUCCUUCUUAGAAUUUCUUAAACAUUUUAAGAAAUUUUGUAAUGCUUCACUAACUCACAAAGUGUUACUCGUGCUUGAUAAUCAUUCAUCGCACAUUCACAUUAAUACCUUAGAUUAUUGUAAAGAAAACGGGAUCACUUUACUUUCAUUUCCCCCACAUUGCUCUCACAAGCUUCAGCCUCUCGACCGGUCUGUCUUCGGACCUUUAAAAAAAGCUAUUAACACUGCUUGCGAUGGAUGGAUGCGAAGCCACCCUGGUAAAACGAUGACAAUAUAUGAUAUACCAGGUAUCAUCAAAAUUGCUAUGCCUCUGGCUCUUACACAGGCGAACAUACAGGCUGGUUUUAUGAAAACUGGGAUCUAUCCAUACAACCGUAAUCUGUUCGGAGAUAUUGACUUUGCACCCUCUUUCGUAACCGACAGACCAAACCCUGAUACUGAAGACAAUAUUCCUGCAGUACCGUCACCUGGAAGAACUAGACCAAAUCCUGACACUGAAAAUAAUGCUUCUGCAAUACCAUCUCACACAACAAGCAGAACAGACACUGAAGAUAUUUCUCCUGCAGCACCAUCACCUGUAAUAAGCAGACCAAUCCCUGACAAUCAAGAGGAUGCUCCCAUAGCACCAUUUUUAGUAAAUAUUGCCAACCUUGACUGUAUUCAAGAAGAAAAUUUUGUUACUGAGAAUUUUGGACCUAAUAAUAAAAGUCCACCACUUUCAGCUUCUAUAUUAGACAAUACACCAAGCCAAAAUUUUAGCAAUGUUCAACCAUCUACUUCUGCCAUACCAUCAGUUUUUUCUCCUGAAAUUGUUCGGCCCUUUCCAAAAGCUUCCCAAAGAAAAACGCGAGGACCUAGAACCAAGAAGUCUACGAUUUACACGGACACGCCUGAAAAAGAGGCAGUCAGGCAAGAAUAUGAAGCAAAAGAAAAACGACUGAAGGCAAAGGGCAUCAAAAAAAAAUCUCAAUGAGCCGAAAGGAAAAGGAAAAGGUAAAGCAACGAAAAGGAAACAAUCACCGUCAAUAUCAGAUGAAGAAGAAUAUUUUUGUUUGGUGUGCCUUGAAAUUAAAAUGUUCAAAGAUUUUAUUUCUUUUGUUAGGAAAGUAUAAUUUAGUUGAUUAUUAUAUAAAAAUAAAUAAAUAUUUUUUGCAAUUAAAGUGUUUUAUUGGCAUUUUAGAGUAUUUUUAUCUUAUUUUGUGAUCAUAUUACAGUAUUUUCAUCGUGUCAACCGCCCUUGGGGUGGGUACGGUUGUGACAAUUUACCUUUUUUUUUAAAUUUCAUUUUAUGUACUAACCAUUUGAUUUAGACAUAUACUUUCAUGUUUAUACGUUAAGCAAUGAAUAAACUUAAUUAGAAUACAUUUUUUGUUCAGAUUAAUAGCAUAAAUAAAAAGCUAUAAAAAAGCUAUAAAAAAAUUGUCACAACCGUACCCAGUCUACCCUACCUAUAU